AACUAUAAAGUUUUAUUUUGUCGAUUGUUACGUGUCGCUGUUGUAACAAAGAAAAUCGAGUAAAAAUGGCUCGUUUGACAGUCAUUUGGAGUUUACUGUUAAUUUUAAGUUGGGGGACAAUUUGUUCAUCUGCUCUUACCCCAUUUUCCUUGGAAGGUAAACUGCAAGAAUUGGAAGUGAGACUAGAAGCCAAAAUUGAGGCUAAAAAUGCUCAACUUGAAGAAAAGGUGACACAACUGGAGGUGCAACUGGAACUAAAUAAUGAACUAAGACAAGAUUUGGCAUUGAAAGUAAUUCAAUUAGAGUCCAAAAUUGUCCAGCUGGAAGUCAAAAUUGAAAAACUGGAGGCCAAAGUUGAACAACAAGAUUCACUUUAUCAAAAUUAUUUUUCACGUGAGAAAAAUGAACGCACAGCAACCGACUUUGUUCCAAUUGGCAAUAAUCAAUCGGCUGUUGCCAUCAACGGACUGCCGUCUUCAUGCGCGGAUCUAAACACGAUUGGCCACACCCUGAGCGGAUUUUAUUCCGUCAUGGGAUCGGCGAUGAUGGAAUCUGUUUACUGCGAUUUCACUAAACUUCCUGACGAUGCGGGUUUCCAAAAAUGGAUCGGAUACGUCGACGUCAAAUCGGCGCCCGUCCAUUUCUACGUUCAGAGAAAUUCUCAUUUUGACACAGAAAACACUCCGAUUCCGUUCGAUGUGGCGCCUGUGAACGAGGGAAACGCCAUGGAUUUGACGUCGGGGAUAUUCACGGCACCACGGCCGGGAAUUUAUUUUUUCUCUUUCGCGGGAGUGGCGCGUCUUUUUUCUUCUUCAUCUAUCGCUGAUUUUUCUUCUUCUCUUUAUUUGAACGGGUUUGAAAUAAUCGGGUCGAGUUUAAUUGGAGAGGAAAACGGCCCCGUUUAUCAAAAUAGUCCGUUGACCCUCCAGUCGACGCUGAACUUGAAAACAGGCGAUCAAGUCUGGAUGCAGAUUUCUUAUUCUGGUUCAUCCUCGUAUUUGUACGGCGGUUACAACCACUACACCCAUUUCACGGGUUUCAUGUUGGAGGAGGAAAUUGGGGCGUCCCUUUGAGGUUCAGGGUUACACGAACCAAAAAUGCGCAAAAUGAUCGUCGACACGAACAUUUAGGAAGGGAAUUUCAAGGGGGAAGGGAAGAUAAUUCAUUCAUGUUCCAAUUCAUUAAGGAGCGGGCAUUUCUUUACUAAAAUCAAACUGUGUAUGCAACUUAACUUACUGAAUACAAACACCAAUUUUCGUUUUUAUCUGCAAAAUGA